CAAGCCGCAGGUGAGUUGCUCACGUGUGAGGUCGUAAUGGCCGCUGCUGAUGUUUUGAAGAAAGUCUUGCAAUUAAAACGUCAACUUAAAGAAUCACCAAAUUCGAAAACGAUCCUGAAAACCUUGACAAGACUUCAGGAACUGGACAUAACCCUUACCAUCCUCGCAGACACCGGAAUAGGGAAAACAGUCAAUGCUUUUCGGAAACACGCUGAGGCUGGAGAAGUGGCCAAAUCAUUAGUUACUCAAUGGAAAAAGUUAGUUCCCAAGGACUCCACCAGUCCAGUCCAGAAUCAGUCAGGGGAGGAGGAUGAAUGCCAUGGAGAUCAGCGGGAGGUCUCUGAAAGCAAGCGGGAGGUCGCUGAAAACAAACGGGAGGUGCAGGCGGUCUCUGAAAACAAGAGGGGGGUCUCUGAAAGCAAGCGGGAGGUCUCUGAAAGCAAGCGGGAGGUCUCUGAAAGCAAGCGGGAGGUCGCUGAAAACAAGCGGGAGGUGCAGGAGGUCUCUGAAAACGAGCGGGAGGUCUCUGAGCACAAGCGGCAGGUGCGGGAGGUCUCUGAGGACAAGCAAGAGGUGCAAGAAGUCUCUGAAAAGCAGCGUAAAACGUCUGAAUCCACAAGUCCAGAUACCCAAUGCAAAUCUGUAGGCCGUCACAAGAAGAGCAAAGUUCCCUUCAGGCAUGAGUCCAGAGGCAGCAGCUCCCAUCGGAAGAGCUCUCCCAAAAAGGACAAAAGCAAAGUCUCGUCCCCCCAGCCCUCUCUGCCAUCUCCGGUGCGUCCAAACGCUGAUCCCAAAUCCAGGGGAAACCAUAAAAGUGGUGUGUCUGAGAUCACAAAUGGCCAAGAAGCCAAAAGCUCUCUGAAGGACAGGAAGUCCUCCAGGGCUAAGGAGAUGUCUCCGGAGCGCAAGAAACGGGAGGAACCCUCGGACCGGAAGAAAGAGCGGAACCGCGAAGUGAAAAAGUCGGAUGUGGAGGAGAGGAAGGUAAAGAAAGGAGGUGGGAGCGCCAGCGAGGAUGAGAGCGCAAAGCCCACCAUGUCCUUCGAGUCCUACCUCAGCUACGACGUGAAGGCCCCCAAGAGGAAGAAGAAGCUUUCUGACCGCCAGAAGCCUGCCAAGAAGCCCCGAGUGACUGCUGCCCCAGAGGAGCCUCAGGGGAAGGCCUCCAGUGGGAAGAGCAGAGCAGAGCAGCCCAAACAGCCUCCAGAGGAGUCUCCCAAAAAGGCUUCCGUAGGAUCCGUGAUGGACUUGCUUAACAUUCCACUGCCAACCUUCUUACCAGAGUGUGAGGACUUUACCGGCUUCCCAUACUUUGAGAAGAAAUCCGAGGACGAGGCCUGUUCCAUGGGUGAAGAGGCCCCCGUUUUCACCGGACAGAGGCUGAACCGGAAGAUGCAGGUGUACUCUGGGGCAAAGACCACCUACCUGCCCUCCAUGAUGAGUCUGUACCAGCAGUGCAUCCGUACGCUCCAGAACAACAUCGACUUGCUCUAUGAGAUCGGCGGGGUGCCGUUUGAAAUUCUAGAGCCGGUCCUGGAACGCUGCACCCCCGAACAGCUGCUCCGGAUCGAGGAAUGUAACCCGGUGUACAUUGGAGACACUGACCACCUGUGGGAGAAGCACUGUCAGAAGGACUUCAGGAGCGGCCGUCUGGAGGAGUACGAGUCUUGGAGGGAGAUGCACCUCCGGCUGUCCAAAGAGCGGGAGAGGAAACUGAGGAAACUGACGGAGAGCAUCGUCUCGGCUUACUCCAGGAAACCUGAACGUCGGCAGGUGAAGUUGGCCUUCAUCAACUCCACGGUCAAACCGCCCAGGAACAUACGGAUCAAACAGGAACUGCACGGCACCGCCGGGCCCGUAAUGUUAUCCAGCCUGCCGGACCGGCCCAGGUCCACUCACGCCCUGGACAGAACCAGAUAUGCCAGUGGGGUACGAAUUUCUCAUCAAGCAAAUGGUAUCUUAAAACAAGCACCAAGCCUUCAGACAGCAGAGCCCGGCCCAGCUGCAGCAACAUUCCGUCCAGCGCCAGCCAAGCACCGGAACCCAGGAAGUUGAAGAGAGUGGCUCCCAUCAUGGCGAAGUCCUUGAAGGCCUUUAAGAAGCAGCUGGUCCACAGAUGAACCCGCCAUGGGGGUGGUGCACCAUGGACCCGGUGAAUGGUUUGGGAUCGGGUCUUUUUCUACUCCGACUCGUCUCUGGGCCAACCCUAACCUUGUUGGAAUUGAUUGCCUGAAAAAUACUGUAUGUUGGUGUCGCAAUGAAGUCUCACUUGACUCGUCGGUGAAAACGAAUCAUGACACUUUACGCAUUGAUUGUUCAUUUAAAUCAUAUAAAAGUUUGAAACUGAAUUUAUUGAAUAUCCUGAGAAACUCAUUAACCUGUGUACUGUUAUUUUUAUUUUAUUAUUUAUUUAUUUUUUGGUCAGUUUUGCUUUACUACUGUGCAUACUCCAAUUGUUAGUAAGAUUGGAAAUGCUACAAAGAAGGAAAUUGCUACUUUUGGGAUUUGAAUAGUUUUCAAAAAGGCCUGGAAUUGUAUGUAUGAAUGAAGCCUUUCAAUUUUACAGUAACAUGUAAUGUGUUGGCUCCCCCUAGUGGUCUUGGGCAUAAAUACAAUGAAUUGAAUGGUUUGGAGAAGCUACUCCAUAUUCACAUUAUAAAUAUCAUCAUUGACCAUGUUUGUGCAAAACAUGUUACUUAAAUUUAAAAUCUAGUGGUUUGUCUAUCAUAAUUUCAUUUGUUGCCAUUACUUCAAUUCCCACCCUCAUUUGUGAUAUCAAAGUGAUUAGUUCAACAAAAUUGAGGAAUGAGUGAUUUUGUUCAAUAUUUGCCUACAUUUUCCCCUUGUUUGGAAUAUUCAAUGUCCCAUUGCUGUAGCAGCUUCUGCCAUCAAUUCGGGACAGUCCAGACUAGCAUUUGAAUGCAGUCUUUGCAGCCAAAAAAAAGCCUGUGCAAUCGCUAUACCUGGGACUUCCUUUGCCACUAAAGUCCUGUCUCUGUGGGCAGUGAGAAGGCCAGUUAUACGCUUCUUUCUGGCCUGCUGCUCAGUGUGUGUGGUAGCAGUCAGGAUUCAACACCAGACUGGGCUGUGUUCUCCUACUGAGAAUGCUUAUACAUUAAAAAACAAAAAGCAAACCGACAAAGGGGGAAAUGUUUGGCAAUUGUCAUAAAAGUAUGUGCAUUCAAAACAAAAAGGAAAAGGCAAAAUUAAUAAAGGUAUUUGUGACUGUCAUGGAAGUACA